AUGCUGAUGUAUUUCGAGCUAGUAUUUCUCGAAGAGAUUGAAAACAGAGGUUUCACUCAACUUUCGGUAAUGGAAAAGACGCAGAGAUUGUGCUUGUUUCAACCGAUUGAAAAAAAUUAUGAACUAUUGGAUGAUGUUAGAGUCGCCGUCUUUGGACUAAAUCAAAUUGCAACCGAGGAUAUGCCUAAGGCAUUCUGGGAUGAAUUCCCUCCGCAAGCUGUACUGGUGAUCAAGAACCUGGAAACUUCUGAUCGAGCAAUCCAAGCUGACCAGGUUUUGGAAAAGCUAUUAGCUUGGGGAUUUCGGGAAAAACCCUCAAGUGCUGAAAUCGAUGAAUUUCCUUGCUCUAUCACGUCGUGCCUGUACAACGAAAAUGCGUCUUUACGCUGGACCAUGCAUGCUAGUCCUGAUCAGAAGGAGACUUGGGAAUUUCACUCCUGGUUCCAAGCGAACGUACACGGUAAAUGUAAGCACACGGCACUUUUCCGUGAGGAGACGGUCUUAGAUAACUUCAAGCAACAGCUUCCUGAUGAAGAAGUAUCUUGCGAAGCAGGAAGCCCAGAACCUGCUGCUGGUGAAUUCGUUGCCACAAUCAAAGUGAAUGAAGCAGCAGCAAAAGACGACGAAUCAGGCACCCCAACUAUCAGCAAAGGAGAAAUGACGCAGGAAGAAUCGGAUCCCAGCUUGGGAUCGCUUGGGACCUUGUUUUCCCACUGCACUUUCUUCCCUGGUUUCAGUCAACUUCUGGCCAUGGAAAAGACGCAGAGAUUGUGCUUGCUUAAACAGAUUGGAAGACAUGGUUAUCAAUUGGGUGAUGGUGGAAUCGCCAUCUUUGGACUAGAUCAAAUUCCAAUCGCGGAUAUGCCUAAGGCAUUCUGGGAUGAAUUUCCUCCGCAAGAUGUACUGCCUUUCAAGAACCCGGAAAAUUCUGAUGUGAGACCAAACUUCUACAAGUUUCACCUAAAUACGACGGGCUUCCCGAAGUUAGGUGAAUUUCUAACGUUGAAAAGGUCGUUCUACGGCGGAGUCGAAAUGGUUCACCUGGAAGUAAUCCGUGGAGAGAAGGUUUCACAUAGCUUCAAACAACAGCAUCCAGUUAAGGAAGCAUCCUGCGAAGCAGGAAGCCCAGAACCUGCAGUUGCUAAAGUCGCUGUCACAAUCGAAAUGAGUGAAGCAGCAGCAAAAGACGAUGAAUCAGGCAACCCGACGACCAGCAGAGAACUGAUGCAGGAAGACUCGCAACCCAGCAUGGGAUCAACGACCUUCCAUGCCGUCCAAGAAGUAGUGAUAAACGGUUUGGGCCUUGAAGGAGAGAAGCAGGAUGUGGCGCCAAGCCUCAUGACGUCAGAGGCACUACGCCCGGUGCCAUCGAAAAAGGAGUUGACGAUUUUCGUGUUGAUUUAUUCCUUCGUUCUGCAAUUUCUUCCAGGUAUCAAAAUUCCGGUCAUGGAAAAGGAGCAGCGAUUGUGCUUGAUUAUAUAUGUUGGAAAAUCUGAUUAUCAGUUGGGUUAUGAAGGAGUCGCCGUCGUUGGACUAGAUCUAAUUCCAUACGAGGAUAUGCCUGAGAAAUUCUGGGAUGAAUUCCCACCGCGAGAAAUACUGCCUUUCAGAAACCCGGCUAGUUCUGAUCAAGCAAUCCCAGCUGACGAUGUCUUGGAGAAGCUAUUCGCAUGGGGUUUUCGGGAUAAACCCAUAUGUUCUAAAGAGCAUACUUUCCCUUGCUGUAAGAAAGAGUGUCUCGUGGGGAUGAAGCGCCCGUACUGCGGCCGGAUGAAUCUUCCAGAUACGACGUGGCUUCCAAAGCUGGAGGAAUUUCUUUCGUGCAAAGCGUACAGUAGCCAACCGCGCGAAUAUUCCUUCUACGAGCUUUACCGCGCUGAGAUGGUCCCAUUAGAUGACUUGAAACAACAACUUCCAGAAAUACCUUCCGAUGCAGGAAGCUCUGAACCUUCUGCUGUACUGCUGAACUCUGCUGCGACGAUCAAGAUGAGUGAAGCAGCAGUAGCUGAAGACAAUGAAUCAGACUCUUCAUCUACCAGCAGCAGUGAAACACCGCAGGAGGAACCUUAACAGUUUGAUGCCGAAGUGCUGAGGCAGGAAGAGUCGCUGGAACGUACGUUUUCAAAAUUCAGAAAUGAAGGAUAAAACGUGUCGCCGUGAAAACUGAUUUGGCCCGAAUUCUGAAUGCUGUAACUGAAUGCAUUAUGUUCGAUGUCUACUUGAAUGUGACUUUUCGCUGAUUCUGCGCAUGAAAUCUUUUUUUCUGCCCACGUUUUCAAAAUUCAGAAGUGAAGUACCGAACGUGGAACCCUGAAAUUUAAUUUGGCUCGAGUUUUUGCAUGUUGAAGCGGUUGUUAUUUUGAAUCUCGUCUGAAAUUCAAUGAUUCUGCGCAUAUACAAAGAACUCGUUAGUUCCGAC